AUGCUGUUCAUCCCGACCAUUCUCCUUUUUGCGCUGGCCAAAGGCGAGGAUGUUCGGAUUGACUGUCAUCCAGAAACUCAUCCAAGCCAAGAAGAGUGUGAAAAUAGAGACUGCAUUUGGAAUGAAGAAACAUCAACGGAAGGCUCACCUAUCUGUUAUAUGAAGCCUGGCAUUGGAUACAAGUAUUUGUCAACGGAGGGUGAUGUGAAAAAGUUGGUCAAAAACAGUGGACCAAGAAACCCCUGGGGUGAAGAUUUCACAAACAUUAAUUUCACCUCGAGGUACUAUGGAAAGACUUUGAAUGUGAAAAUAUUCAUUCUUGGGAGAUUUGAGCCACCGCUUGAUUUACCUCGUGAACGAUCCGCUUCAACAGAUUCGUUAAAGCUCGAAACCCAUGAAGACAGCGAUCCAUUUUACUUUACUGUUUCACGUAACUCCACUGGAAGAAAGUUAUUUGACACAUCAUUAGGAGGACUCAUAUUCUCCGACAAGUUCAUCCAGAUUGUAACCAAGCUGCCCUCUGAAGUGAUGUACGGAUGGGGUGAGAACGUUCAUCCUUCGCUCAAGCAUGAUUUCAAACGUUACACAACUUGGCCAAUGUUUGCAAGGGAUGAGCCACCAAGUUCAAAACACCUUGAAACAAAAAAUCUUUAUGGUGUUCAUCCGUUUUACAUGAUGUUGGAACCAGAUGGCAAAGCUCAUGGAGUGUUUAUUUUGAAUAGCAACGCACAGGAGGUUACAACCGCCCCUGGACCUGCACUGAUUUAUCGUACUAUCGGAGGCAACCUUGACAUGUACCUCUUCCCAGGGCCUACUCCAGGUGAAGUAACCGAGCAAUAUUUAGCAUUAGUUGGAAGGCCUUAUUUGCCAGCUUAUUGGGGACUGGGAUAUCAGAUAUCUCGAUAUGGCUAUAAAGACCUAGAUGAGAUGAAGCGAGUAAUUGAGAGAAAUGUUGAAGCUGGGAUCCCAUUGGAUACAGCUGUGGCAGAUAUAGACUACAUGGAAAGGUACAAAGACUUCACCGUAGACAAGCAGAAAUGGCAAGGAUUCUACGACUACGCCGAAGAAUUGCAUAACCAAAGCAUGAAGCUCAUUCCUAUCUUUGAUGCUGCUAUUGACAUCAAUUAUGAUGCUUUCGAGAGAGCGAAAAUUGCUGGUGCGCAAUUUAUUGAAUGGGAGCGGGAAGAUCAAGUGCCCAGGGAAAUCCAGGAUCAAUACCCUCUAGUAAAGGACACAAAAAUUAUGUUGGGCGUGGUUUGGCCAGACGAACACACUGCAUUCCCUGAUUUUCUUGAUCCCACCAAUAAAACCACAGAAUGGUGGAUUGAUGAAUUUGUGAGGUUCCAUGAGGAGGUGCCCUAUGAUGGUAUUUGGAUCGAUAUGAAUGAACCAGCAGUUUUUGGUACCAAUGAAGAUUAUCCGUGGUACUUCAAUGAUACAGAUCACUCAAAUAUUACUUCACUCAAGUGUCCAAUCGAUCCACAAGAUGAGGAUGCCAAGUGGGAUAUGCCACCUUAUAAAACGCAUGCUGUUUGGCGAUAUGAGAAGAGCGGACAGAAAUCUUAUUUAUCGACCAAGACAUUAUGUAUGUGUGCGAUGCAAGGCAAUGGAAAGUAUCGCCUUUAUGACGUUAAGAACCUCUACGGAUGGAGCAAAGCAAAAGCUACUCAGCAAGCUCUAUACAAUGCUACAGGAAAAAGAGGAGUUGUGGUAACCAGAUCUACCUUUCCAACAACAGGACGUUACGCUGGGCAUUGGUUGGGUGACAACAGCGCCACAUGGGAGGAUCUACAGUCAGCAGUGAUUGGUGCGCAGGAAUUCAAUAUGUUUGGAUUUUCGAACCAUAAUGGUAAAAGUCUCUCACCUCAAGAUCCUGCUCAAUGGAGUUCGGUUACCGAAGCCACAAUAAAAGCUAACCUCUUCCGCUAUAGCUACUUGCCAUACCUAUACAGCUUGUUUUUCCAAGCCUCGAUGUAUGGAAGAACGGUCAUCCGCCCUGUUUUCUACGAGUUUCCAGAAGACAGCAGGACUUAUGAUUUGGGCCAUGAAUUCCUAUGGGGCAGCUCUAUGCUUAUCGUGCCUGUUUUGCAUGAGGGAGCAACUGAAGUCAAGGCGUACUUGCCUAGAGAUGACUGGUAUUCACUAUUUGAUUACAAAUAUGGUCAACUCAUCAGUCAUGGUGACCAGACGUUUCCCGCUCCAUGGGAUUCCUUGAUUCCAGUCUUAGUCAGAGGUGGCUCGAUAUUGCCUCGUCAAAAGCCGGAUGUUACGACGGAAUACACGCGCAAGAAUGCUUUUGAAUUAGUGAUAGCUCCUUCAAGAAACAGUGAUACCGCGAAAGGCCACCUAUAUUGGGAUGAUGGGGAGAGCAUCUUCGAUUCUUUCGUUAUGCACAACUACUAUCAUUGGGAACUGUAUUAUACUGGCGGUGAGGAGGCAAGUCUAGAGAUUAGAAGGAAACGAGCUGCGUGGAAACUGGAGAUUCCUACAUUCGAUACGAUCGAAAUCUUCAACUAUAAUGAAGCCCCCGAUUUUGACAGCUUUAAACUCAAUGGUCAAGAGGUCGAUAUGAAUGGGACAUCUUCAUACUACGACGAAAAAAAGAAAAUACUGUACAUCUCGAAAACAAACUUUAUUGACAUGACAGGGGAAAUGAGAGCGAUGUUAACAUGGGAAAAUGAGAAAACGGGAGACGAUGUUCGAUUCGAUUGCCAUCCGGAGCCUAAUGCUAAUGUAGACAGCUGUGAACAAAGGGGAUGCAUCUGGAAAGUUAGCACUGCUUAUCCCGGAAUUCCUCACUGUUACAUGAAGAAAGGGAUAGGGUACAGAAUCCUAUCAUCGACUGAAACGGAAGCUGUGUUAGAGAGGAACGACGGACCCAAAAAUCCUUGGGGAAAUGACAUCAAGCAAAUCAAACUCACUUCCACCUACAUAGGAAAGACCCUGAACGUAAAGAUCGGAGUGGAAGGAAGGUAUGAGCCACCGCUUGAUCUUCCACGCAAUCCUUCCGAGUCGAGUGACUCUUUACAGUUAGAAAUGCACUCUCACAACGAAUCAGACUUCUUCUACUUUACUGUUGCUCGCAGCUCUACAAAGAAAAUUCUUUUCGACACUUCUUUAGGUGGCCUCAUCUUUUCCGACCAAUUCAUACAAAUCGCUACAAAAUUACCUUCGGAGAUGAUGUAUGGAUGGGGAGAGAAUAGUCAUCCUACGCUUAAGCACUACUUUGAUCGUUACACAACUUGGGGAAUGUUUGCAAGAGAUGAGGGGCCUUAUUCAGAAGAAAUCACUACAAAGAAUCUCUAUGGUAUGCAUCCCUUUUACAUGAUGCUGGAAACCAACGGGAAAGCUCAUGGUGUCUUUAUUUUGAAUAGCAAUGCGCAGGAAAUCACCACAGCACCAGGCCCAGCUUUGAUAUACCGCACUAUUGGCGGUAACCUAGACAUGUACUUUUUCCCAGGUCCAACAUCAGAAGAAGUUACACAACAAUACUUAGCACUGAUAGGUACUCCAACCUUACCGGCUUACUGGAGUCUGGGCUUCCAGAUUUCUCGAUGGGGCUACAAAAACUUUGCUGAAAUGAAAGAGGUAGUGGAAAGGAACAUUGCCGCGGGAAUUCCUUUGGAUACCGUUGUUGGAGAUAUUGAAUAUAUGGACAGAUACAAAGAUUUCUCGAUUGGAAAGGAGUGGGAAGAGUUUCCUGCGUAUGUGGAGCAACUUCACAAUCGGAGUAUGCAUGUAGUUUUGAUGUUUGAUCCAGCGGUACAAGCUAAUUACGCACCUUUUGAAAGGGCAAUUGAAGCAGGAGCACAGUUUGUUGAGUGGGAACGAUUUGAUCAAGUGAAGAACUCGACAAAUAGUUUGUAUCCACUAGUGACAGGGACCAAAAUCAUGUUGGGUGUAGUUUGGCCAGACAAUCAUACUGCUUUCCCGGACUUUCUUGACCCAAGCGGUAACACUGCCAAAUGGUGGAUUAACGAAUUGGUAAAGUUUAGAGAGCAGAUUGCCUAUGAUGGCAUUUGGAUAGAUAUGAAUGAACCAGCAAAUUUUGGAACCAACGAAGACCACCCAUGGUACUUCGAUGACGAUGACCAUCCAAAUAUUGAGCCUUUGAAAUGUCCAACCAACGAGAGCUCUGAAGAUGCACGUUGGGAUAUGCCACCGUACAAAACCCAUAACGUAUGGGUUUAUGGAAAGGAUGGAUCCUACUUGGCUACAAAGACAUUGUGCAUGUCAGCCGUACAAGCCAAUGGAACACUUCGUCACUAUGAUGUGAAGAGUCUCUAUGGAUGGAGUGAGUCGAAAGUAACACAACAGGGGCAAUACGAGGCAACGAAAAAGAGAGGAAUCGUCAUUUCGAGAUCCACAUUUGUGUCUAGUGGGCGAUACUGCGGGCACUGGCUCGGUGACAACUCGGCUACAUGGGAGGAUCUUCAAUCUGCCGUAAUUGGAGCUCAGGAGUUCAAUAUGUUUGGUAUACCAUAUAUCGGCUCCGACAUCUGCGGUUUUAACCGUGAAUCGGAAGAAGAGUUAUGUCUGAGAUGGCAUCAAUUAGGUGCCUUCCACCCAUUUAUGAGGAAUCACAACGCGCGUGGUAUGAAACCACAGGACCCAGCUCGAUGGGUUACGGUAGCGGAAGCAGCCAGAAAGGCCAUUCUUUUCCGUUAUAGCUACUUACCCUACCUUUUCAGUUUGCACUUUGCCGCCUCAUUGCAUGGCGGAACCGUUAUUCGACCGGUUUUCUAUGAAUAUCCAAGCGAUAGAAUGGCUCGUGAUCAAAAUUAUCAAUUCUUUUGGGGAAGCUCUUUGCUAAUCGCGCCUGUUGUGCACAAGGCAGGCGGUGGGAUAUUCCCUCGUCAAAAGCCUAAUAUUACGACGGAUUAUACGCGCAAGAAUCCAUUCGAACUGCUCAUUGUUCCUGUCAGAAAAGGCGCCAAAACCUUUGCGAAUGGUUUCUUAUACUGGGACGAUGGCGAAAGCGUUGUCGAAUCAUUCACUACUCAUUCAUACUAUCACUGGACGUUCCAGUACAACCUCACUGACACCGGCGGUGAAUUGUUGAUUAUAAAGAAGCGGACAGCAGAUUGCUUGAAAAUUCCCACACUGGACACAUUGGAGAUCUUCAACUAUAGGGAUCACCCCAGAUUUGAUAGCUUCGUAUUAGAUGGAGAAAAGGUCGAGAUCGACAGGAGAGCCUCAUACUACAAUGAAGACAAAUAUAUUUUGUACAUCACAAAGAAGAAUUUUAUUGACCUACAAUGGAAUAAGCAUCAUUUGUCAUGGAAAAAUAGUAACGACGCUCGAAUCAACUGUCAUCCUGAGCCUUCUGCCACUGAAGCAAAGUGCGUGCAGAGAGGCUGCCUAUGGAAACGCACUACUGACUAUAAUGUUCCUUAUUGUUACAUGAGGCAAAAUAUUGGUUAUCAAAUUUCGUCAAAGUCUGGAAAGAAAAUUGUCUUGAAGAAAAACGAUGGACCAAAAAAUCCGUGGGGAGAUGACAUAAAGGAGAUUACAUUUACUUCAAGAUACUUAGGAAAAACUUUGAAUGUUAAGAUUGGUGUAGGGGGAAGAUAUGAGCCACCUCUUGAUCUUCCAUACAAACCAUCCAAAUCAAAGGAAUUUUUAAAGCUUGAAACACAUACAGAGGAGGGAUUGGAUUUCUACUUCAAAGUCAUACGCAGUUCUACGAAAGAAGUCCUCUUCGAUACUUCUAUAGGAGGUCUGAUCUUUUCCGACCAGUUCAUACAAAUCGUUACGCGGCUUCCAUCAGAAGCGAUGUAUGGCUGGGGUGAGAACAGUCAUCCAACUCUUAAGCAUAGAUUUGAUCGUUACACUACGUGGGCGAUGUUUGCGCGAGAUGAGUGGCCAUAUUCGGAAAAGCUUGACACUAAGAACCUUUACGGAAUGCAUCCAUUCUAUUUGAUGUUGGAGAAGGAUGGAAAAGCACAUGGAGUGUUCAUACUCAACAGCAACGCGCAGGAAAUCACCACAGCACCUGGUCCAACCUUGAUUUACCGAACAAUUGGCGGUAAUCUGGAUAUUUACUUUUUCCCUGGUCCUACUCCAGAAGAAGUGACACAACAGUAUCUUGCGCUGAUAGGUACACCAGUCUUACCUGCUUACUGGGCUCUUGGCUUCCAGAUUUCCCGUUGGGGCUACAAAAACUUUGCCGAGAUGAAGGGGGUAGUAGAGAGGAAUAUCAGAGCUGGAAUUCCCUUUGACACCGUUGUCGGAGACAUUGACUAUAUGGACAGAUAUAAAGAUUUCACAUUUGGCGAGGACUGGAAGCAAUUCCCUGCAUAUGUGGACAAACUACAUAAUCGCGGAAUGCGUGUAGUGUUGAUGUUUGAUCCAGCUGUUCAAGUAAACUAUGCACCUUUUGAGAGAGCGAUUAAGUCAAAAGCCCAAUUCGUGGAGUGGGAACGCCAUGACCAAGUGAUGAACUCAAGCAAUUUGUAUCCCUUGGUGAAUGGAACAAAAAUCAUGUUGGGUGUGGUGUGGCCUGACAAUCACACUGCCUUUCCCGAUUUUCUUGAUCCGAGUGGCAACACAGCCAAAUGGUGGAUCGACGAAUUAGUUAGAUUCAGGGAAAAAAUUGCAUAUGAUGGCAUUUGGAUCGACAUGAAUGAGCCAGCAAACUUUGGAACAAAUGAAAAACACCCAUGGUACUUUGACGACGACGACCAUCCAAACAUCGAACCCUUAAAGUGUCCAACAAACGAGAGCUUAGCAGAUGCACACUGGGACAUGCCACCGUAUAAAACGCAUAACGUGUGGGCGUUUGGGAAGGAUACGGAAUCUUACCUGGCCACAAAAACUCUAUGUAUGUUAGCUGUGCAGGCAAAUGGAACCCUUCGUCAUUACGACGUAAAGAGCCUCUAUGGAUGGAGCGAAUCUAAAGUGACACUACAGGGGCAGUACAAAGCAACAAAGAGGAGAGGAAUUGUCAUAUCAAGAUCUACCUUCGCGUCUAGUGGACGCUACUGUGGUCACUGGCUCGGUGACAACUCAGCCACAUGGGAAGAUCUUCAGUCUGCUGUGAUUGGAGCGCAAGAAUUCAAUUUGUUUGGUAUACCCUACAUUGGGUCUGAUAUAUGUGGCUUCAAUCGCGAAACAGAGGAAGAACUUUGCUUGAGAUGGCACCAAAUGGGAGCAUUCCAUACAUUCAUGAGAAAUCACAACUCGCGCAAUUUGCAAGCACAGGACCCUGCACGGUGGCCUACUGUAGCAAAAGCAGCCAAGAAAGCUACUCUCUUUCGUUACAGCUAUCUACCUUACCUCUUCAGUUUGCACUUUGUCGCCUCAUUAUACGGUGGAACUGUCAUUCGCCCUGUUUUUUACGAAUACCCAACCGACAACAAGACACACAAUAUCAGCUAUGAAUUUCUUUGGGGCAGCUCGAUGCUGAUCGCUCCAGUGUUACACAAGGGAGCUCAAAGCGUGCAGGUCUACUUACCCAAGGAUGACUGGUAUUCAUUGUUUGAUUAUAAUUAUGGAGAACUUGUGCCGAACGGAGAUCAAAUAUUUCCUGCUCCUUGGGACUAUCUAAUUCCAGUGUUUGUGAGAGGAGGAGCAAUAAUUCCAUGCCAGACACCGAAUACUACGACCGAGUACACUAGACAAAACUCAUUCAAGCUAAUUAUUGCUCCAGGCACGCGCGAAGGAGCUUUUCCCGACACUGCCCAUGGCUUCCUGUAUUGGGACGAUGGCGAAAGUAUCGUUGAAUCAUUCACGACACAUCCUUACUAUCACUGGACAUUCCACUAUAGCCAAAAUACUCUUGGAGGAAAUCUGACCAUUCAGAUGGAACGAAAUGCAGAUAACCUGUCGAUUCCUACUCUUGACAUUCUGGAGAUUUUCAAUUAUAAGUAUCCUAUGGAUCUUGACAAGCAGGUCUUCAUGAUAAACGGCAAAGAAGUCAGCAUUGAUAAGAAAUCUUCAAGGUACGAUGACGAUAGGAAUACUUUGUAUAUUGCCAAAAAGCAUUUCAUUGAUAUGACAGAGGAAACGAUUGCGACGUUGACAUGGAGAAACGUUCAAGACAAUUCUUCGUCAUCACUAUAUGUGCAAACAUGGCUGCUAGUGGCAAUCAGUUUUUUGCUUUUUGUAAUUUUGUAACGAAAUGUCGGUAUAGUAAAGUUUUUUGAAUUUU